AUGCUGGACGAAAGCCUGGGAGAGAAGAUGUCUCGCGGACUGCGUCAACCUGAACAUCGUAUUAAAACAAAACAGUUGCAGAACGACAACGAGUAUCAGUUAUCGUCUUCUGAUGUGAUCGACCUACGAAUCUCUUCUUCAUGCCCCAACAAUAAAUCUAAUCAGUAUCUACAAGUGGAUUUGAAACAGGGUCGGGAGAAUCGUUGA